AUGUCCUCCGAACCGGAACCUCCUGCGACAACCACAGAUAGUAUGGGAACUUCAACCAAUACCAUGACUUCUGUUCAGGAAAAUGAACAAAGGCAGUAUGAUCAGAGGCAGUUUGAUGAUAAUAGACAGGAGAUGUGGAGCGAUUUGCAUGAAAAUAGCUCUGCGAAUAGUCCAUCGACAUCUACUCUCUCUUACAAGGAUGAUCAUAAAUUCAAAACUCCUGCGGUUCCACCUCGCCGCUUGAAAGAACGGCCACAUGAAAUGGUUGGUUCACGAAAGCCGCGGUCAGCGCCUCCAACAGCGCUUGUUGGCCGCUUACCCGAUCCUCUAGGAGAAAGCCGACGUGCUGAUCCUUCUACUUUGGAUUUGGAAUCUUUGUACAAGGAGGCGGAUGCAGAAGUGACGAGGGUGAACUUCAGUGGCGAUCUACUUCUUUUACCGAGUAUAUUAGUGCAUAGCCAAUUCUUGCCACCAAUUAAAACUGUUGCUGAGGAGCAGCAUGCAUUGUCGUGUGCUUUUACGAAGCGCAUGGACUUGGUCCAUGGUAAUCCAAUCGAGCGGGUCCAGUCCAAGUUGAAAAAUGGCUGGUUUAAUCCUGACCGACCGUCGCAGCAGAAUCAGAUUCGAGAUAAUAAUAAAGUUCUUUAUGAUCAUUAUAUCAGAUUCUAUCAUAUGAAUCUUCUCAAUAAGCUUGUUAAGUCCCGUCAUGCUGUUUUGCAACAUCUCAUGUCAACCAGCGCUUUGUGUUCGCCAACAAGGCAACCAUUAGAUCCUGAAACAAUAAAACGACGGAACGAUAUGGAGCGAAUCCGAUUACGCGCGGCCAAGCGAAGCAAAGCCAUGAUAGCCGACUGUCGUAUGAAAGUUGGAGAAGCGGGUGUCUCGAGCGAUGAAGAAGGUUCAUUCACUCGUCUAGACGAUGAUCUCUCACUGCCAAUCAGCAAAGGUGUAACAUUGCAUACAGCGCGUUAUGCGAUCAUUUCAGAUUUGGAUCUGCAUCAACCUACUCAAAUGGAUGACGUAAAAACAAUGCUCAAAAAAUAUAAGAAGUUACGACGAGAGGAACCUCAUGCUCCGAGUCUUGAUAUAACCGGAAUUGACUUGGAUGACGUCUAUGAACGAGCUGGAGUUCUGGCACAGUCGGAGAAAAUCAAACAAACAAUGGAGGCUUUAGAGAAAAACCUCAAAAAGUAA